AUGGAGGAAAUCAAGCCGCUCAUCCACCAACGCGGUCAGGUAAAGGGCAAGGUGACUGCGAUCGCCAAUGCCUUGGAAAAAUGCGAAAAUGAUCCUAGCCAAGUGAGUCUUCCCUUUCUUAAAGUUUACGCCAAAAAGCUAGAAGCUCAUUAUGCUGAAUAUUCCGUUUUACACAAGGAGAUUAUUUGUUCCAUUCCUCCUGGUAAAACGGAUGAUCAAGAUGAAAAAUUGAACGAAUUCGACAAACUUCAUACCGAUUGUUUGAUUCGGUUGGAGUUUCUCAUGGAAAGUUUAAGUACUCCUACCAGUGUUUCCUUUACCAACGCCGCUACGCCAGCUAGUGCCACCCAAGUGAUAGUACAGCAACAGCCGCUCAAGGCCCCAAUCCCCACUUUUGACGGGCGCUACGAAAAUUGGCCUCAAAAGGCACUAGUUGGUGCUGCCUCCGGUAUUCUUGAUGCCAAAACCCUGUCUGAUAACAACUACAACCACGCGUGGGAAAUACUAACCGAUAGAUAUGAAAAUCCGAGGAUUAUUAUCGAUACCCAUAUUGACGAGCUUCUAGCUAUGAGAAAGAUGUGCAAAGAGUCUCACAAAGAACUACGUGAUUUGGUGGAUACGUGUACGAGGCACGUUGAGGGUCUUAGGGUUAUGAAACAAUCAGUUGAGGGUACAACUGGGUUAAUUAUCAAUAAGAUUUUGACUUCUUGUCUCGACGCAUCCACACGUAAGCAAUGGGAACGCUCUCUUGCCCAUGGGGAACUACCGAAUCUUGAAAAGACACUGACAUUCCUGAAGGAUCAGUGUCGUGUCCUUGAACGUUGUGAAGCGGAUCAUCCUACAAUCGUAAAAUCCCAUCCUGUUAAAUCAUCUCAACCAACCGCUAAGCCCAAUAGCGUGAAGGUUCACGCUACUACAUCCGACAGUAGUAGUGAGUCUUGUCAGUUCUGUGCUAAGAGUCACUUUAAUUACCAAUGUACCGAUUUCCAUAAACUGCCUGUGUCGGAUCGAGUAACAAAGAGAAACUGCAGCAAGUGUAACAAGCGACACCAUUCUCUUUUGCAUGAGGAUGGAUUCAAACGUGAAAGUAAUGUGAAUUCCAACAACCAUCCCGUCCAGAGCAAAGGUGAGAAUGAACGGGUUUCCCUUGUGGUAACUCCCCAAACCCCGUGUGAUGAUUCCGCAAAUUCCUCUACUGUGUCUACCCAGCCGUCCGUCUGUUCUCUGAGUGUUGCCGUCCCUAAUGUCUUGCUUCUAACUGCUGUGGUGAGCUUGGUUGAUAAAAAUAAUAAGCAUAUUCCAUGCCGUGCCUUCCUGGAUUGUGGUGCUCAAACGAAUCUGAUUUCUCUUCCCAUGUACGAAAAGCUUGGUCUCGAGGGAGUUCCUGUUUCCAUUGACAUUGUUGGAGUCAGCAAUGUGCGCACCAAAUCCAAACGUCUAGUAACCGUGAGCCUCCAAUCCCUCUACAGGGACUUUCAAGUAGAUCUCAAAUGUUUGGUAACUCCAAAGAUCACGAAUGCUCUCCCAUCCAAACCUGUUAAUAUCAGUCAGUGGAACAUUCCUUCUGGAUUUCAGUUGGCUGACCCUAAUUUCUAUGUACCUUCUGAUGUGGAUCUGUUGAUUGGACUUGGCCAUUUUUUCAGACUAUUGAGGACUGGACAUCUCGUUCUUGGUGAUGGUCUUCCAGAGUUGCGUGAAACCGAACUGGGUUGGGUGGUUUCCGGUGUAAUUCGUGAUGAGUCUGUAGCAUGCCUAAGCCCGCAGCAAAUCAACACCGUUACUAUCGAAUCGCUCAACGAAAUGAUUAAAAGUUUCUGGGAAAUUGAAGAAAUCAGCAAUGUUUCCCAGCGUACUGUUGAAGAAGAGGAGUGUGAAGAGACUUUCCGCAGCACUCAUCGUCGUGAUCCUACCGGUAGAUAUGUUGUGAAGUUACCAUUCCGUGAAAAUGUUUCUCAGCUCGAUGAUAAUCGUUCGUUGGCUCUUCGUCGCUUUUACUUUCUUGAAAGGCGUCUCCUUCGUGAGCCUGAGCUUCACGCGCAAUACUCGAAAUUUAUCGAGGAAUAUGAAAGCCUAGGGCAUUGCAGAGAAGUUCGUGAGUCAGAUGAUCCUCCCAGCAUGUUGAAGUAUUACUUGCCACAUCAUGCUAUCCUAAGGCCGUCGAGUUCAAGUACCAAGCUACGAGUUGUUUUCGAUGCAUCGGCAAAGCUCUCCUCCGGAACCUCACUAAACGACGUUUUGCAGGUCGCUUUCCUUCGAAUUUUCUGGCGUUCAAAGCCAUCGGAAGCUCUCAGAGUUCUCGAGCUACUAACCGUGACUUACGGUACCUCCGCUGCUCCGUUUCUUGCAACCAGAACGUUGCUUCAGUUGUGUAUUGAUGAAGGUGACGAGUUUCCGCUGGCAGCGCAUAUUAUUCGAGAGGAUUGCUACGUUGACGAUGUUCUGUCAGGUACUGACAGUAUCGAGAAGGCCAUCGAAUGUCGUCAACAAAUUCGGAAUUUGUUGCAGAAAGGAGGUUUCCCAGUGCAUAAAUGGUGUUCCAAUGAUCAAAGGAUUCUCGAAGGUGUUCCCGAAUCUGAGCGUGAAACUCUUGUCCAAUUGAACGAAAUAUCCGCCAAUGAAGUCAUAAAAACCCUCGGUCUUCUUUGGUGUCCAAAUAGCGAUGAAUUUCUAUUUGCGAUCAACCCUGAUCUUUCCGAGAUGUCACCCGUUACAAAACGAAGACCUUUGCUGGAAGAUGGGGUUCUACGUGUUGGAGGACGGAUUCAGAAUUCCCGGGUUCCCCUGAGUACGAAACACCAGUACAUCUUGCCAAAUCACCCUUUGACCGAUCUUCUCAUUCGAGCAUACCACGAGGAACACCUCCAUGUCGGACCGUCUGGUUUGUUGUCCGCUCUUCGUCAACGCUUUUGGUUGCUGGGAUCUCGAUCGGCUGUACGGAAGAUUACACGAGGAUGUGUCCGAUGCUUCCGUAUAAAACCUAAGGGAGUUACUCAAUAUAUGGGUAGCUUGCCAGUUAGUCGCGUUACUCCUGCAGCUCCUUUUGAAGUAUCUGGAGUCGAUUAUGCAGGGCCGUUCGUUAUUAAGCAUGGAGUAAGGAAACCAAUUCUCGUGAAGGCAUACAUUGCGGUUUUUGUAUGUCUGGUAACAAAAUCCAUUCAUCUGGAAUUAGUGUCGGACAUGACUACGGCUGCCUUCAUCGCCGCUCUACAGAGGUUUAUCAGUCGGAGAGGUUUAGUUAGAGAGUUGCACUCGGAUAACGGUAGCAAUUUCCGAGGUGCCCGGACAGAACUACAUGAGGUUUUUGUCUUAUUUCGUGAUCACUCCGCUGUUCAUGAAAUUGAAUCCUUCUGCCAAACCAAGGAAAUUGUUUGGCAUUUCAUUCCACCAGAUGCUCCCGAGUUUGGAGGCUUGUGGGAAGCUGGCGUCAAAAGCACAAAGUACCACCUGAAGCGAAUACUCAAGGAAACUCCGUUGACUUUCGAAGAAUUCUACACGCUGCUUACUCAAGUGGAAGCAAUUCUAAAUUCACGACCUUUGUUUUCCCAUUCCGAUGAUCCAACUGAAGGCGAAGUAAUUACCCCUGCACACUUCCUCAUCGGAAGACCACUUACCGCUAUUCCUGAGCCUUCCUAUGAAGGCCUGAAUGACAAUAAGCCUAAGGUCAACAAUCAGGAAUCUCCAGGUGAAUCAUCGAAUCGCGUGGGGGAGGAUGUUCGCAACAGCGAAUAA